AUGUCUGAUAACUACGGCAGCUACCAAACGGAGAUCUAUGGCAAGGGUGCCUUAAUGGGCAUCCUGCCUGGCGUCACCACCGACCCCCGCAAGCUAGAGGAACAAGCUCGAGAGUAUCUAGGCGUUCGCGCAUUCAAUUAUGUCUCCGGCGGAGCAGGCGAGAAAGCGACAAUGGAUAGCAACCGGCUGGCAUUCCGGCAGUGGAAGCUAAUCCCACGAAUGAUGCGAAAUACACCCGAGCAAAACGUUUCAGUCGAGCUCUUCGGUCAGAAAUACGAUAAUCCCCUUAUCGUAGCACCGGUCGGCGUGCAAGGUAUUUUCCACGAAGACAAAGAGACAGGCCUUGCAGAAGUAUGCGAAGAAGUCGGGGUACCGUAUACGAUGAGCACGGCGAGCACGAGCUCGAUUGAAGAUGUUGCGACCGCUAAUAAGGACGGGAGGCGAUGGUAUCAGCUGUACUGGCCGAGGGACAACGACGUUACGUUGUCGCUGCUAAAGCGGGCCAAAGAGAACGGGUUCUCGGUUCUGGUUGUUACCUUGGAUACCUGGUCGCUGGCGUGGCGACCGGCAGAUUUGGAUAACGCCUAUGUACCCUUUAUCAAGGGGGUGGGGAACCAGGUCGGGUUUAGCGAUCCUGUUUUCCGCGCGAAGUUCGAGAAGGAAACUGGGUCAAAGAUUGAGGAGGAUAUUGUUGGUGCUUCGCGUGCGUGGAUCGGGGACAUCUUCGCUGGCAGUCCGCAUUCAUGGGAGGAUUUGGUUUUCUUGCGGAGGAAUUGGGAUGGGCCGAUUGUGUUGAAGGGCAUUCAGCACGUGGACGAUGCGAGGCUGGCGCUGGAAUAUGGAUGUGAUGGGAUUGUCGUAUCAAAUCAUGGUGGCCGUCAAGUGGAUGGUGCUAUCGGGUCUCUGGACGUUCUUCCGGAAAUAGUCGAUGCAGUCGGGGACAAGAUGACGGUACUUUUCGAUUCCGGGAUUCGGACAGGCUCGGAUGUGAUCAAGGCAUUGUGCUUAGGAGCCAAAGCAGUUCUUGUUGGUCGACCGGUAAUUUACGGACUGAGCAUUCAGGGCCGAGACGGGGCCAGGCAGGUGCUCAAGGGUCUUUUAGCGGAUUUGUGGCAGAACAUGGGCCUAUCGGGGAUUCGGAGGGUGCAAGAUUGUGACCGGAGUCAGAUUCGCAAGGUGCAAUACGGAGGUGACGUGAAGGCGAUGAUGGAUGAAGCAAAACCUGAUGAGAUGGAUCUGGACUAUCCGCACGCUCAUGCUCCCUCGGGAUCGACUCUGCUCCCGCGACCAGUCGCAUCGUUGAUAUCUUUGAUUACACAGUCGACCUCGCUGUCGUUACGACUGGGCACAUUCUUUGGUGGGGCGGCCCUAGAUGGAGCGCGAGCCACGACUCUGACUAGCUUGGAACUAAGUCGGGCUUUGGUCGAGGGAAUCUUGACGAGGGCAGGACGAGAUGUCGCUAUUCGUAGUAGCGAUGAACACGGUAAAACAGAAGCCGAGUCUCUCCUCGAGCGAAGUUUGGCGACGCUCCACACGACAGUGACCUCGGCAUCUUUUUUCGCUGCAGCGACAUUUCAUUUCUCGUCAACCACUUUGUCUUCGGUUGCAAAUCUCUCGCAGGCACUUCUGUCUACUUUGGAUGCUAUUCUUGGAUCCACCGAGUCUUCGAGGGCCAUUGCGGCUAUCAUCACGCUUAUUCGACGUGAGUUUAGAUCCGUUGAACCCGGCGCAAGCACCGAGAAUAUCGGUGUCGGAGACCUCCUCAUCGGCUCUUUGGGCUUUGCGCUAUUGCAACGUUGGGGUAAGAAGAAUACCGAAAGACAUCUGCGACAGAAUGGCGGGGAUGAGAUUGUUUGGGAUGUUGUCAUCCUGGACAACGGCGCAAGAGCAGACGUGAUCGGAUCCCAUCAAUUACAAAUCCCCGAUCGCAAUAAUGAAGAGUCAUUGGAGUCUGGCAGUGCUUCCUUUGUGGUGCCUAGAAACGGCGAGGAAGCUUUUGAUGUGCUACGACGGUCGAGCAUGUCUGAUGCGUUUGGGCAUCGUCUCUCUAUUCCGCUCGAUGGCCAGCAGCAAGUGUCUGAUGAGGAUAUCCGCGCUUACAUUAUGAGCCAACUUCCUCAAGGCUGUCAUGCAUCUAUCAGAUCGGAAGUCCUGACGGCGCGAACGAUCACGGUCGAUAUUUACGAUGAUGAUACGGCAGAGAUCGCCGCGCCGCCUGGCACAAAAAUGAUCGAGGAGAGAUUCCAUCAUGAUCAUGGUUAUGGGGACACCACUACGGCCGAUGGCCAGCGACGGUGUCCCAGGCAUACAGUGGUAUUUAGGACAGCCUUCAACAAAUCCCAGAACACUCAGCUGCGACCCUAUGACGGCCCUGGAAUUUCUGCCUUACCUGAGCCUGAUCAUCAUACACGAGCAUUGCCAGGCAACUCACUAUCCAAUAGUCCGGUGAAAUCUCAUCAUGAUCAGUCCCAUUUGCAUCCCGAUGCUACACAGGACAUUGCUCCCAAGCACCGUGGAACAACUCCCGACUCGCCGAAUGAAUCUCCCAGGGCUACAUUUAGCAAAGGCACAUUCGCAAAAUUUGCACAAAAGGUUAAGCCAGCUGCUCUAGAAAAAAGUGAAGUCAAACGGCCACCGGGAAAGAGGCCAUCUAUUAUCUCAUCUGGGGCCUCGGCGAUUCCAAGUCCUCGUCUCCCUCCCAGGCCUACAAAAGGAACAGCGGCUGUGAAACAAGCCACUGCGCGAGAGGUUUCCAACAGGCCCGCUCUCAAGAAGAGACAAACCGAACCUCUAAGCUAUCGACCGACAACUCCUGUCCCAAAUCGGGGUUUACGAAGAUCGCCCUUCCCAAACUCCACGCAAAAACAGUCGCCAGAGUCGCAAACGAAACACGCCCCAUCUCACGAGAUGCAUGCCUCUAGGGGCUCACGAGGGGGACAUUUCGCGGUGAGAGAGAAGAGCCAAGAGUCGCUCCUCACUCAAACCGACACAUUCCUCUCACGCCGUGGCGCUGGUAUGCGUCCCGGAUCGCCGACUCACGUUCGCAGCAGCAGCUCCCUAUCUAUGACAAGAUCAGAAGCAGACGGGAGUGUGUAUGCGAAUGAUAGCCGCCCUGGCUCGUCGGCUAUGCAUAACAGAUCUCAAUCAUAUACCCCAAGCCUGUAUUCACUAGCAACUGCAGGGCCCGAGACAUCGCUACUGCUUGCGCAUCGGCCUCGCAAAAGUGCAUAUGAAGACAUGGAAACCAUCCAGGCGCUCAACCGCGAUGGAUUUGUUCCAGGCAUUUUUCCAGAGAGACACUUCGUGCAAAACAUUCGCCGGUUCUGUCGGUUCUCCGCUGCCUCAUAUGGCUCAAAUGCACUCACAGUCAUGGGCGUUCCUAGUGGCUCGAAGAAUAUACCUAAUACCAAGUCAGACAGCCACGAGCACAGUGCAUUCUCAGAGAAUGCAGGUCUUCCACCCUCAACGAUCCUUCUAUCAUCAUUCGUCGAUCCAGCUGGUGGCUCGAACUCAGCUGGUGAGACAGAGACAGGCUUCCCACUAGUCCACUAUCUUUCCAUCGACCAUGACUCCAAAGCCGUGGUUCUGACUCUACGAGGAACAUGGGGCUUUGAGGACAUCCUCACAGACAUGACUUGCGAUUACGACGACCUCGAAUGGCAGGGCAAAACCUGGAAAGUGCACAAAGGCAUGCACGCCUCAGCCAAGCGGUUACUGGAGGGCGGCGGCGGCCGAGUAAUGAUCACCCUACGUGCUGCACUAGAAGAAUUCCAAGACUACGGCAUAGUCCUAUGUGGGCACUCGCUCGGCGGAGGCGUCGCAGCACUUCUCGCAACAAUGAUUUCAGAACCAAACCCCUCCGAAACAGGCACAUCCUUCGUAACAGCCUCAUACCAACCCGCCACCGGUCCCCGCCUCUUGACCGCAGAUACCAACCCCGACAUCGCAGACCCCAGCCCACCGACCUACACCAUCCCCGCGAACCGACCAAUCCAUGUCUACGCCUACGGCCCCCCAGCGACGAUGUCCCCCUUCCUCCGUCUCGCCACACGUGGCCUUAUAACAACAAUCGUGAACGGCUCAGACAUAGUUCCCAGCCUGUCACUAGGUAUCCUACACGACAUGCACACCGCGUCACUAUCUUUCAAAGACGACGCCACAGGUGCAAAAGCACACAUCAAGCAACGGGUCAGCGAUUCCGUCCGCCAAAGCAUCAUCCACAAAUUCUACGUCAACCAGCCACCGCUGGUCGUCAAUGCUGGCGAUGGCGUCGGCGAAGACGCCUGGGCGUGGAAAACGUUGAAAUUGCUGCGCGAUGAGAUGCGUGCACCGAAGCUUAUGCCGCCCGGUGAGGUUUUUGUCGUUGAGACGAUGCGGGUUCUGCAGCGGGAUGCGUUUACGGCUCCAGAGCUUGGGGUCGAUGGAUAUCCGCGUCUUGGGAGGCCUGCGACUCGUGUGCAGAUUCGGUUUAUUCGGGAUGUUGAUGCUUGGUUUGGUGAGUUGCGCUUUGCGGGUGGGAUGUUGAGUGAUCAUAAUCCGGCGCGGUAUGAGACUAGUCUUGCUGCGUUAGUGAGGGGGGUUUUGGAUGAGUAG